UUGGUAAUCCAGUAAGGACUGGUGAAAUGCUCUGAGAAGAUUCUCCCAAAGCAAGGAUUUACUGAUCAAUUAUUUGAAGAAACAGGAUCUAGUGGAUUAAACCCUGAAGGAAACUAUACAAUAUACAUCACUUAUUAAUCACCCUACCUUCAUUGCAUAGAUUUCUGUGGAGGUUUGCACUUUCAGGAUGUCAGUUAUAUUUGAUUGUCUACAUUUGCUUGGACUUAUCUUUCUGAUGUGCAGUACAUUAAGAGCUGAACCAAAUGUUCCGACCCCCAUCACCUGUAGGACGCGUGGUGUCGACCUCGCGGAAGCACGUGCAGUGGUUGUGUGCCCACCCAACUGUGCACCCCAGCAGCUCUCGGUGUACGGCUCCGAAGUGUACGCCUCAGUGUCGAGCGUCUGCGGAGCAGCAAUACAUCGAGGUGUAAUCACUGAAUCGGGAGGGCCGCUGAAGGUCCACAGACUGCCUGGUCGGGAAAACUACCUCAGCUCACUUUCUCAUGGGGUCAAAUCUCAGACUCUGUCCAGGUGGACGGCAUCAUUUACUGUGUCCAGAUUGAUCAGCCAGCCCAUGGAGGUGUUGGGUGAAUCCAGUACCGCUGCGUUUCCCAGACCUGGUCCAGUGAAGAAACCACUGAAGAAGAACCCAAAGAAGGCAGCUCAGAAUGGAAACAAAGACUGCAAAGUGGACAUCGCCUUGCUGCUGGACAGCAGCUACAACAUUGGGCAGCGGCGCUUCAACCUGCAGAAGAGCUUUGUUAGCAAGCUGGUGCUGAUGCUUCGGACUGGACCAGAGGGACCGCAUCUUGGGGUAGUGCAUGUCAGUGAAAUGCCCCAGACGGAGUUCUACCUGAAAAACUUCACUCAACCCAAAGACGUGAUUUCUGCUAUCAAGGAGAUGGGGUUCAGAGGGGGCAACACCAACACAGGUAAGGCCCUGCUCCACACAGUGGAGAGCUUCUUCAGCCCAGAGAAUGGUAUGAGGCGGGGACUGCCUCGCGUGGUGGUUAUUUUUGUGGAUGGGUGGCCCUCCGACAACCUGGAGAAAGCGGCGAUGCGGGCGCGAGAGUCCGGCGUAAACGUCUUCAUGGUGACUGUGGCCAAGGCGGCGCAUGACGAGCUUGGAAUGGUGCAGGAUGGCAACUUUGUACAGAAGGCGGUGUGCCGGGACAACGGCUUCUUCUCCUUCACCAUGCCCAGCUGGUUCAGUACCAACAAGUAUGUGAAGCCUCUGACUCAGAAGAUUUGCUCGGUGGAUCAAAUGCUGUGCAGCAAGACCUGCUACAACUCGGUCAACCUGGGCUUCCUCAUCGAUGGUUCCAGCAGCGUGGGUGAUGGAAACUUCCGGCUGGUGCUGGAGUUCAUGGUUGGCAUCACCGAGGCCUUUGAGAUCUCAGACUUGGGGGCCCGUGUGGGUGCAGUACAGUUCACCUAUGACCAGAAGCUGGAGAUGGACUUCAACGAAUACACAGACAAAGAGGCCGCCCUGGAGGCCCUGCGGAGCAUCCGCUACAUGAGUGGUGGCACGGCAACUGGCGACGCCAUCUCGUACACCCUCGCCAACCUCUUCCAGCCACACGAGGCUAGCUCAAGCAGGGACUUCCUCAUCAUCAUCACGGAUGGGCAGUCUUAUGAUGACGUCGGGGGCCCAGCACAGACUGUCAAGUCAGAAGGGAUCACCGUGUACUCAGUGGGUGUGGCCUGGGCCCCACAGGAUGACCUGCGAGCCAUGGCGUCAGAGCCAAAAGAGAGCCACACCUUCUUCACCAGAGAUUUUUCUGGCCUGGAGCAGUUCCAGCAGACCAUUGUCAAGGGCAUCUGCCGGGACUUCAAUGAAGCCCAGUAGGGGUGCUGUGCUGUUUAGGGCAGGGCAGGACAGGGGGAAACCACCAGUGGAGGAACCAAAGGGGUGUUAAACCAUUUUAAUUCCCACUGAAUGAACCCUUUGGGAAUUACAACAAAACCUAAAGGGGUUUUUUUUGUGUAACGAAACAUAUAAUUUUCAAAUUAUCAUUUGACAUAUUGAAUCUUGACAUUUAUUUCAGGCUAGCUGGAAAAGGUCAGCAAUUACAGUUUAUGAUAAUGAAAUAUAGGACCCAUGUUUUACUGCACAAUAUAGACACAGGGUAAACAUUCCUCUAUGAACACAAAAUCUUGUAUAAUGCCAAGUUUCACAAAAAAUGUCCCCAGCAGUUGUUCCUAGUUUUUUCAGUGAUGUUCUUUCAUAAAUAUAUGCAACCAGGAUGAACCAAAACACAAGUCUGAUGCUAAAAGUUUUGCCAAAGUAUUACAGGCCUCCCAGCUGUGGGCGCUGUGGUUGGCAUGGGAGAGUUUGGCUUGAGCACAUGUUUCUGCCGAAGCGCAACGUUUCAUCCAAACAGCCAGAGCAGUCAACAUGGCACAAACCAUACAUCAUUAUAAACAGCACUACACAACUCAUCUCUUCCUGUUCUUAACUAUUGCCAUGUUGAUGGGGUAUACAGUGUAUCAUGUAAUUAUUGCUUUAGGACCAGAGGGAGCUAAAGGAGUUUUACAGCAGCUAGUAAACAGCAUAAAACUCUGGAUCCCUCCUGAUUUAACUGGAACCUUGUACAUCUUUAGAUAUGGAAAGCUGGAAUAGCUCAUGCAAGGCUUAUAUAUAUGAAGGAUGGC